AUGUCGGAUGCGGCUCAUGUGUUAGGACCCGAGUCGGUCGAGUUGACUGAGAACUUGACGUUUCAAGUAACACCUGUGCGUCUCGAUGACACUAGUGUGAAGAAACUGCGAGGAAAGGAAUAUGUGCCAGUUGUGGUUUUACAGCUUGCCAAAGUUAAGGUUUUUAGAGGUAGAGUUGGACUUCAGGAUGUUAUGUUUGCAUCAAAGCUUGGAUUUAAUCUUGACAUCCCAGAGGUGGCAGCUUUUCGGAAAAGUUCUAUUCCAUCUCGAGUUAGUGCAUCCCAACCCAUUGGCAUUGUUGGAUCUGAAAAAAAUAUCAGAAUAGAAGAAAAUUUUAUGAAGCUCACACCUAGGUGUACUGUGAAGUCGCUUGAUGAUAACAACCGAGCUGGAACUUUUGUUGUACUAGCGAAGAUAGCAAAAAUAGUUGAGGAUGAUCCUUGGUGGUUUAGAGUGAAGGUGUUGGUUGAGGAUUCCACUGGUGUUUCUAUUUUUGUCCUCUUUGAUCGUGAGUCUCCUCCUAUAUUCCAAGAAAUUGUUGGAAAAGCUAUGUUGUUCAAGGUUCUUAGUAGGCCUGUUGGGAUGGAAAAAUUCAAAAGGACUUAUCCAGUGAGGCGUGUUUGUGAUGAUGCUGCAAUAGCUGGGUUUGUACCAAAAGGAGAGGGAUCAUUUGGGGAACCCUCUAAGGUUACCAAAUCACCAAAUUUGGGAUUAACUCCUUCUAGCUGCUCUGAGCUCUUUGCUGGUUCGCCUCAAUGUACCCAACCAAAAUCAAGUGUUGUUGACUUGGGAGCUGAUGAAGAUGCUAAAUGUCCUCUCCUCAAGAGAAAGUAUGUUGAUGCUGUGGUGGAUAAGUUAAAUGAAGUGGAUAAUUCUGAAAAUUCAUUUGAUGAAGUUGAUGAAAGUGACGAGGAGUAUGUGGUUGGCCUUAAUCGAGGCUCUCUUGAUGCUAAGAAAGAUGUGAAGCCUUCGUUGAAGAGGUUGAGAAGAUUCUUGAGGCUGCAAUUUGAUUAA